AUGAAGCCAGUUUCUUUUGCCAAUACACUGUAUCUUCUCCUGCCAUUGCUGGCCAGUGCACUGCCAGCCCCGAUCACAGGACGAGGGAUCCAUUCGGAGGGCACGAGCAUCACGGCCCAGCAAAUCAUAGCCAUCGCACCAAGUUCCGCGCAAUCCUGCACAAGUCGCGCUGACAAGAGUGCUCCUACCGAGUGCGCCGAUGCUGAACAAGUGGCCACGAAUAUUGCCAAGUCGUUUGAGAAGUACCAGGUCACGAGCCCUGCUGAGCAGGCGGCUGUGAUUAGUUUGUUGGCCUUGGAGAGUGUCGAAUUCCUCUAUAAUAGAAAUAAAGUUCCUGGCGUAGCAGGACAAGGAACCCGGAAUAUGCAGUCACCGGCCUUCAACUCCAAAUAUGCAAAGUCACUGAACGUAGCAGUGUCCAGCGAUGCGGCUCAAACCCUUGACAAGUUGGUGGAAAAUCUGGAGUGGGAUUUCGGCUCUGGAGCCUGGUUCCUGACCACGCAAUGCUCGGCAGAUGUGCGCAGUGCGUUGCAUGCCGGCUCAGAGACGGGCUGGGAGCGCUAUAUCACCGAGUGUGUGCAGACUCAAGUUACCGAUAAGCGGAAGGAAUACUGGCAGAAAGCAGUGGAAGCGCUGGGUGUGCAGUCCUCUUGA